CGGGCGCGCCAAUCGCUAUGUUCCUAUUGGUCGUUCGCUCGGUGUCGAAAGCGAAUAUAGUUGCGCAACUGCGCGAGAGAAAAGAAGAAAAACGGAGCAUGAGAAAGAGAAAGGGUAGUCGAAACAAGUUGACCCGUAUCUCCGCGCUAGGCUCCGAGGCUCGAGCGCGCUUGUUCCACUCGCGACUCUUGGGUGGCAGGAAAACAUCAGGGUUGAAACGAAUUAUCGCCGCCGUUCAGCGCGAAUCGAAAUAUUACAUAUUUCCGUGGCAUAAUCGUAAAGUGUACCGAUCGUAGUGAACACUGUUGCGAUCGGCAUCAUCGUCGCGAAGUGACGUGCGAGCCAAAACGUGAUAGUAUGAUGGUCUGAUCGCGGUUCCAAUAUGACCGUGGACUUUGUUGACUACUUCUGGGGCGAAAAGAAUAAUGGAUUCGACGUUUUAUAUCAUAAUAUGAAGCAUGGUGUAAUCGCCAGCAAGGAAUUGGCUGAAUUUUUGCGUGAGAAAUCAGCUAUAGAAGAGAAUAAUUAUAAGCUCCUUAGUAAGGUAGCGAAACAGGCAAGCAAUAGCACGCAAGGAACGUUUGCACCUGUAUGGGCUGCUCUGAGAGGUGCCGCUGAGAAACUCGCUGUUUUGCACUUGCAGAUGGCCCAGCGGGUAACCGAACUUAUAAAAGAUGUAUCAAAAUACGCGGAUGAACUACAUAAGAAGCAUAAGGCUGUGAAAGAAGAAGAAUCUUCUACUUUAGAAGUUGUACAGAGUAUACAGAGUAUUACAGUGACAUUGCAUAAAGCGAAAGAUAUGUGUUUACAAAAAGGUCUGGAAUUGGAAAAGUUAAAAAAGGACAAUGCCAGUCAGAGAGAAUUAGAGAAGGCGGAAGUUAAGUUUAAAAAGGCCCAGGACGAUUACAAGGCACUAGUGGAUAAGUAUACUAUCAUACGGAACGACUUUGAAACAAAAAUGACUCAAGCUUGCAGGCGAUUUCAAGAUGUUGAGGAGAUGCAUCUGAAGCACAUGAAAGAAUUUUUAAAUACAUACGCCGAUGUUUUGCAAACUAAUCACGAGCAAGUCGGGCAAGUGCAUAUUGAUUUCAAACGGCAAUGUGUCGAUAUGACAGUGGAGAAAUUAUUAGAGCAAUUCGUUCAGGGUAAAUACACGGGUUUUGAGAAGCCAGGUGUGAUCGAGUACGAAGAGGUCAUGACAAAUUUAGCCGAAAUGACCAGCCACUCUCAGUCCGAAGGCGGCGUAGAGACACCUAAGGAAACGUCAAAGGGCACCAACGGCGAAACAGGCGUAGCCGGUAACAGUCAUAGUUCAAAGAGAGAUCAGGGAUUAAAAAGGGUGGGUGGUACGUUGAGGGUACUGGACGGGGAAAGCGGGAGGGUGGUACUAGAAAAGGAUAGAGAAAAAGAAAGACAGAAGGAAAAGGAUAGAGAACUGUCACAUGUACAAGCCACCAAGGCUUCCCGCCGUACUACCUCGCUACUCAACCUGUUCAUGUCCAACUCCCAGGAAAAACAGAGGCAAGCAGGGUCGUCUGGUUCGGCACCUGCCACCCCUCAAGGGAACAACCUGCCUCCUGCUGUUCCACCUCCCAGCAUCUCCAGGAACCCUCUCAGAGGAUCUAAAUGGUUUCUUCGCAGUAGGAGAGAAAAACGAAAGGAAAAGAAGGCAAAGAAGAAGAAGGAUCUCGUAGAAACAAGCAGCAACAAAGAAGAAAAGUCUGACCUGGAGGAUAAAGACGACAGCAGAAAAUCGGAGACACCAACUCCGGAGGUGGACGAAGACGGUUUCUGUAUCAGACCGAAGCCAGAUCCUUGGGAAAACGAGAAGGGAUUUUAUUCAAGUUCGGACACGGAUUCGGAGGACGAGAGGGAACGUAAGAUCCGGGUGGAGAUAAAGCCUCUCAGCAACGGCGGUGCACCCAUGAGCGCCAGCGUAGAUGAACUGAGGGCGACAGUGGAAAAUUUAUCCUUAUCACCUGCACCAACAGGACGUAGAGGAUCGAAUACCGAUUCCGAUCAUCACAUGAAAAGGUCUCAGUCAGUGUCACAGCAAUUAGGAGGUAAGCCAAGCUCAGAUUUACUUGGCCUAAACUUGUUCAAUCCUAGCAGUACACCGUCGAGCGCGUCGACACCGACCGGCAGCCAUCCUUACGCCCCGCUGCAGAGUCCUCCGCCGCUCUCCACGUCGCCGACCCUGUCGCAGCCGCCGCAGUCCGCGCCGCCGAUACACUCCCAUACCCGAUUCCCAGACGGGGAUUUAUUUUCGGAAGUUGGGGACAUCACGCCGGCGUUGCCGCCCAAACAAUCUGCGUCUUCGACACCAACAGGGUCAAUCGUUAUACCCAGACCGCCGUCACGCAGAGGGGAUGGCCCUUCGUCGCGCGGCAGAAUGUCACCCGCGACGAUAUCCCGCGCUGACAGCGUCGCCAGCCUGGAAUUUCGCACAGCCGGCGUGGGCGUUGGCUCCUCGCGGGGACCGUCUCCGCUCACGAUCGGUCUGGCCGAUACUAUUCCAUUGGCGGUGGCGUUUCACGAGAUAGUUCAUUCCUACUUUCGCGGCACGGAUGAAACCCGGUGCCAGGUGAAGCUCAGCGGCGACAUGAUGCUCUCGUUCCCAGCCGGCAUUGUCACGGUUCUGGCGAACAAUCCUAAUCCCGCCAAACUUACCUUUCGCGUGAGAAAUACCAACAGACUGGAGAGGCUAUUGCCGAACAGUCAGCUUAUUAGCAUGGAUGCGACACAAACUACCGUCGACAGUACGAUCUUCGAAUUCAACAUGAGUGCCUUAACUACGUUGCUACGGCGGCAAGCCGAACAGAAUCCCUCGGCCUCGUAUUUCAACGUAGACAUCCUCAAAUACCAGAUCAAAUGCAAGGACGGUGCCGGUUCUUGCCCCUUUCAGUUGGUCGCAUAUUGGAAAUGCGAGGCGAACCACACCGAUCUCAAGAUCGAUUACAAAUAUAAUAGUCGCGCUAUGGCCUCACCGAGUCCUUUAUUGAAUCUUCAUGUGGCGGCGCCCAUCGAUGGCGGCUUCAAGUCACUCAACAGUAAACCACCGGCGCAAUGGUUAUCCGACACGAAUCGCGUAUUGUGGAAAUUCACAGAACUUUCGCAACACAGCGAAGGUAACGGAGUCGGGUCCCUGAAGGCGCGGGUCGAGCUCGAACGUGGUCCGGGUAGUCAGGGCACCAUAUUCACCCAAUUCAAUUGCGAAGGGACCACACUGUCGGGCGUCGAAUUCGAACUCAUAGGUUCCGGAUAUAGAUUAAGUUUGGUGAAGCGAAAAUUCGUGUCUGGAAAGUAUAUAUGUGACGGAGAUUCGGAUUCGCGUACCAGAUAUGCUGCGCCGCCAUCCAAUGUGGAUUGACGACUUCCAGAAUGGGCGCCUCAAUGGGAGAGCCAGCCUAUUUAAUAUUGGUAUUUGCUUAAUCAUUCACUGCCCAUAUCAUGAUUAUCGGUCAUUCAUAACCUGAAUACGUGUGGAGAAGUGUUGGAUAUCAAACGUCGAUCGAAUAUCAGACGAAUCUUUCAUUUUGGAAGUUAUGGAUUAAUGCGGUUUGUUGCAAGAAAAAAUGUCAUAAAGCAAAGUUGGCUGAAGUACUAUGUUUCUUUCAGUAAAAUUUAAAUGUGAUCGAGAUUCUUUUUAACGCCAAAUACGUUUCUUUAUUUGUGGUAUUUAUAUUAAGCUAUACCAUAUCUUAAUACUAACUUAUACUUACAAAAUUUAGAAAUGAGAUAUCACAUUUGAUGCUAAAUCCAUUCCUAUUAAAUGUGGAUCUUGAUAUGACUUUGCGACUAAAACAAACAAGUAGUGUAAAAAUAUGAUUUACAGUAAUCACUUGACGACAAACAUGAGUUUUGUGUUUUAUAAUGUCUAUAUUCGUUAAUUUUUUCUAUAUUCCGUAUUAAGAAUGCAUUAAUAGUUUAACGAAAGUUUAACCAUAUAACAUGAUAAUUUUGUCUAUCAAAUGAUUGAAAGAUUUUUGCGGGAAAAUUCUUUGGUAUCCAAUAUACUCUCUAGCACGAUGAUUUCCGCCAUUUGAUUCUCUCUAUAUAAUCAAAAUAUAUAUUAUAACGUUCUUUUUCCUUUUUUUAUCUCGAUCUUCUACCAAAAUAUAGUACAACACUCUUUACUCUAUUGUUUAUAUAUUUUGCGUUAUUCUAAUAUAAAUAGUAUAUUAGUAUUACAUUAUAAUGAUCAUGCGAAAGAAAAAGUAUAAACGACAUGUAAAUGUCGAUUAAGUACGUAUACGCAUAACAUUUAUAUUUCGGAC